UCCGGAGUAGUAAAACGAUUGCUCCAAGCCAGUGAUUGCUUCACUCCACUCCCGUUCAGUUCUGCUUUAUUCUCAUUUCCGAUCUUCCCAUCACCAAGGAAAAUGGCGGCCACGCUCUUCCGUCGGCUGGCGAGAGCCGCCGUCCCUACUGCUGCCUCUCCUGGCGGAGGAUCAGGAGGAGGAGGAGGAGGCUAUUCCCGGUCAAUGUUCAGUAGGUUCGGUUUCCCCCUCGGCGCGAUUGCGGCCGUUUCUGGAAUCUCAUACAUCGGCAAUGGCGACGCUUCUCCUUCGUUGACGCUUCAUGGAUUGGUUCACCUGGAGGAAGCGAAAGAAGAGGAUGGUCCGAAAGUUGCUCUCGAUCCGAAGAAAUGGACUGAAUUCAAGCUUCAAGACACUGCAACUGUUAGUCACAAUACUCAUCUGUACAGGUUUACUUUUGAUCCUUCUAAGGAGCUUGGUUUGCAUGUUGCUUCGUGCCUCCUUACAAGGUAUCCAGAGACGAGUGCUGAUGGAAAAACUAAAUAUGUAAUACGCCCGUACACUCCCAUAUCAGAUCCAGCUGUUAAGGGACACCUUGACCUAUUAAUCAAGUUCCAAAAAUUGCUGCAGACUUAUCCUGACGGGAAAAUGAGUCAGUAUCUGGCCAGCUUGAAGCCUGGUGAUGUUAUCGAGGUGAAAGGGCCAAUUGGGAAAAUCAGAUACUCACCCAAUAUGAAGAAACACAUUGGCAUGAUUGCAGGCGGUACAGGAAUUACACCAAUGCUUCAAGUAAUUGAGGAAAUCCUAAAGAAUCCAGAUGACAACACCCAGGUGUCACUACUUUAUGCCAAUGUCUCCCCCGAUGACAUAUUGCUUAAACAGAAGCUCGACUACCUAGCUACUCACCACCCGAAUUUGAAGAUUUUCUACACUGUGGACAAUCCAACCAAGAGCUGGAAGGGAGGCGUAGGUUACGUAUCAAAAGACAUGGCUCUGAAAGGCCUGCCUGCUCCUGGGGAUGACACAAUCAUCCUAGUAUGCGGCCCUCCUGGGAUGAUGAAGCAGAUUUCAGGCGAGAAGGCGAAAGCGGAACAAGGAGAGUUGAGUGGCAUCCUCAAAGAACUGGGAUACACAGAGGAAAUGGUGUACAAGUUCUAGUGAUCUCAAGACUCUGCAGCUUACAAGAUCCAAACAAAGCACCCACUGAUCUGCAAUCUCCAUCUUGCUGACUUUCCAGCUCAGUAUUCUUUCUAUUGUUUUCUGCAUAUCUGAGAGGCAGAGAUGGAAGUGGAUAAAAGAACCACAAGUUUCACGAGGCGAUAAUAAUUCUUGAGACGGUUUCUUCCGGUCCAAGAAACCGUAGAACUUCUGCUUAGGUCGAUUAGGAGAGCGAGUGUCUUCUGGUUAGUUCUAUACAAGCAGAUUGGUAGUGAUGGAGUAGCCCUAUCAAAAAUACUUCACGAAAUUCCCCUGCUUAUGCAAUCUUAAGUAUGUUUAAUACCUCGUGAAAGAAGUAUUACGUUAAUUUGCUGUUUUAUUUCGUUCAUUUGUGCGAGAUUUACAAUUGAGAAAGUAAGAAUAAGUGGCGAGUUCGGGGGAAUUUGAACAUGUUACCUAAGGGUUACGUUUACUAUUAUACGCCGUCGUUUUCACUCUUUCUGGAUGAGACCACGGUGGAGGAGAAUGUGGUGGAGGAGAGGAGCUCGUUGAGGAUGUUCAAGGAGAGACUGCUGGCUCGUCCAUUGUCGUCCGGAGGGAAAGGGUUUUUCGAUCUUCGGGAGCAAUUGAGGAAGCGGAAGGCUGGAGAUUUCAAAGGGCCGAAGAGCCUUGCUCAGAUCAGAGAAGAGAAGAGAAGAAGGGCAGAGGAGCAAAAUGGUCAAGGCCAAAAUGAGGAUGAAGUGAGUUGUGUGGACUGUGGAGUAGCGUAGUACAUGGUAGCCAUUACAGGAUUUUGAGGAUAGCUUAAUCAUGGUAAAGUUUUGCAGUUUACUACUGUAGAUGACAGAAUGAACUUGCUCCUUGGCAAUAGGGAAGAGAAGUAGGAAAACAUUAACACCAUAGCAAUUAGCAACUCCUUUGUUUUGUGAGGUUUUAGGUUGCCUCAUCACCUAAUCUCUUGGAAUCAAGUUUAACUCAAAGACCUUUAGUUUAUCAUUUCAAUACGACUCG